CUGCGCUCCGUCCCUGGCCUGGAGGGCGUGGUGGCGGAGGCCGUGGCGCCCACCGCAGGGCCGCCCUCCACCGCAGACGCAGGAGAAGCCGCAGGGGAACACCAGGCUGCCCCGAAAGCCACGGCCGCCCCUCCCGCGGCUCAGCCCGAAGGAACGCAGGAGGACGCGGUGGACUCCCCAGAGGCCGAUCCUGCUCCUGCUGCCCCUGCCGUGUCGGCGACGCCCGUGAGCAAGGAUCCGAGAUACGCGCCCUACUUCAAGAUGCUGGCCGUGGGCGUCCCGAGGCCCGCCGUGGAGAUGAAGAUGUCGCGGGAGGGGAUCGACCCGUCGCUGCUGGACGACCCGGACGCCCCUGCCCCUCCCGGCGGCGACGCGGCAGACGAGGACUCCGACUCCAGCUCGGUCUCGUCGUGGAGUGACUGAAACUCGGGGGUUAUGAGGAGCCUUGCGAAGACGGCGCUGAAGGAGGGCGUUGCUCACUUCUUGUUGAUAGUUUGAGAUCCUGGGAGGAGAAGGGUCCUGUGAUUUAGCCAGUAUUACUAUCUUUUGUUGGGAGGCUUUGUACACGUUUAAGGGACAAAAGUGUUAUAUGAUUAUAUAAUAUGUAUAUAUGCAUGAAUGUACGAAUGUAUGUAUGCUUGUAUGUAUGUAUAUUUCUUGUUUAGUGGUAACCUUCAAAUAAUUGUAUAAUUUUGUACCAGGAUCAAAUAUUACUCUGUAAAUAGACUGGAAGAUUGAAAUGGUUGUUUUUACACAGGAUAUACUGUGCGUUGCAUACAAUAUAUUUCUCCUUAAGUGGAGCUGUUUCAGGUUAGCCAGUGAAGGAAGUUAUUGAUUUAUGAUUGGCCAAAAAUUGAAACCAUAACUUAUUAACACUUUUAAUACUAAUUUGUUUGUCAUUACUGUAAGAGUUGAAACAUAAGGUACCAAUUAUUCCAAAAAAAAAGGAAAUGUGAAUAAAGGAUAAUCGCUUCUGUUUAUCUGUAAGAUAAUCAUAUUUUCUUUAACAUGAUGAUGGGGAUUGAAAACGUAUGUAGGAUUCCCGUGGAAUUCUGAAAAGUUGAUUAGGCAUUGUUGCAUGUUUGGUCAGCAUAGCAAUAAACAGCAAAUUGUAGUGAGAUUUGAACUGAUAAAACCUGUUGAUAGUCUGUGAUAAAAUGUGCUGUGUUGGCCAAUUCUAUCCUAUAAAGUCACAAAAUAUAUGUUUCAUUGUAAGUAA